AUGACCACCACGAAGCUCAGGCUGACUCUCGAAGAGGAAGACCAGGCGAAACAACAGCAGCAGCAGCAGCAGCAGAAGCAACAGAUAAAACCGUGCGCCACGCCCAGGGGCUUCAGAGAGAUCCCUUUGCAGAUCACCCCUUCUACGUGGAAAACGGACCUCACCAAGUGUAACGUGUGUGGCGACCGCUUCACAUGGCUAAACCACCGCCACAAGUGCCGCAACUGCUGGCAGGCCGUCUGUAACUCUUGCGCCAAGAGUCGGAAGGUCAUACGAGCCCGCACCGCCCCGAAGAGAGUGUGCGACACGUGCAUCCAAAACUGCUGGACCCCCAGGACCCCGGCUGUCACCAAGCCCGCCGCCGCCGCCGGCAGCGUCGUCACCAAGGCGGACGGCGACCGCCGCGUCUCCCUGACCGUGUCCACGUCCGACGGCUCGUGUCCGGUCGACGCCACCGCUACGGCACCCCUCUCCCCCGGCACCCCCGCCGCCGCGGGUUUCUUCGGGCCGGGCGCGGCGGCCGCGGCUACCCCGUCAACGUCAAGGGCAGCAGCAGCUGAGGAGACAAAGAGCAGCAGCGACAGCAGUGGCAACGAUGGCGUCAGCCGAGCUCUCCCAUCGGGCCGCCGCCGUCACCGCGAUCACCGCCGCCAGGCUAGCGUCAGUGUGGUCAUGCCGCCCUUGCCGCUGCUGGCCUCGCCGCCGGGGUCUUCUUCUUCUUUCGCGUCGCCGUUGGCGAUGCUGCCGCCGCCGACGCCGGCCGGAGGCGACGACGACGAAGCGGGGGAGGAAGAAGGAACCGUGGUGUUCCCGCCGGCAGGAGGCGUUAUUACUCCAUCGUCGGCGUCUGCAUCUACCGCCGUUGGACGCCGCGGCGGCGGCGGCGGCGGCGGCGGCGCGGAGUUGUCCCCGUUCUUCGGCGGCCGCGAGAAGAGGAGCGGUAGGCGGGAGAGCACUGGCGGCCGUCUGGAGAGCGGCGGCGGUGGCGCGCUUGGCGGCGGGGGUUGGGCCGACAAGGUGGUGGCCGAUCUGCUGCAGCAGCAAGGCGCGGAGAAGGCGGCGGCGGAGGACGAGAAGCACGAUGACCGCGGUAGUAAUAACCUUGCCGCACUGUCGGAGGAACCUGCUGUCGACGACGACGCUACCGCCGGUGGUAUGAAGGAAGAGGAGGAGGAGGAUGGCGAUCAGGGAGGGCCGAUGAUGGUGAAGCUGACGCCGUGGACGGGGGUCGUGAUGGGUGCCGUGGCGAUCGGCACAGGCGUCGCCAUCGCCGUGGUUGUCCGAAGUGCCUUCUCUCUCGUCUUCUACUGAAUCUCUGGUGAUCUUUUCUCUUGUGUUCCAUCUGGUGUUCUUCUGCUAACCAUUUGUUCUUCUUGUUCGACUGAAAUCGUUGAGAGCGCCCAAAAAGGGAGGAUUGAUGGUCCCUACUCCCUCCAAUAGUUGAACGAUCGCUCUGCGAUUGGCUGAUAUUAUCGCAUGUGUACAUGGAUCUUUGCAUGCGGGUAUGGUCUUUUGUGUUCCAAAUGCACAUGUGUUGCGAGACUGUUGUGCAGAAGAAGAGCGCAGAACCGAAGCAAGGGGAGAACAAGGAUUUUGAGAGCCAGGGAUCGUUAUUGUGCACUAGAAAGAGUACCAGAGCAUAGAAAAUACGGAGACAUUUAGUGCCUGGGAGAGAAAGAAAGGCCCUGCUCUCCUGUUUUUCAAUUCAAAACCCACCCGUGCUGGUGUGUGUUCUGCGAAGGAGGAAAGGAGCAGCGGGGGUACUGUGCGUGCGUGUGCAGUGGUGAUGUAUUAUAUUUUGAUACACUAGGUGAGGUGAGGCGUGUUGCCCAGUGUGGAAAACGCAUCGGAAAAUUAUGCAGCCUAGCCUGGCCUGUUGCGUUUUUCAUGCACGUUUCUUGGGGCGAGUCGUGGGCUGGAGCGGUGCGCGUUCGGUGGUUGCUGAGAAUUGUACUACUAGAGGUACUAAUGAAAACCCUACGGAGUUUCACAUUUCCGAGUGACUUUCGUUAGCUCCGCAGCUGUAUUAGUGUGUGGUUCAGGUAGGGUAGUGUCUUCAACUGCUCGCUCAAUGAAUCAAGACUGUCCCAUGUCUUGCCGCGGCGGCUACAACACUGCUGGGCUCGCAUCUGACGAGCCUUACGCGUAACGAAUUAUUACAUUUGUUGUUUUUUUUAUCGUUGGUGUUGGUAAUGCGUACAAGACUACCGAGAUUAUUUAGUGAAUGCGUGAUUGGACUAGCAAGCGUAAGUUGGACUGCCUCCUUUCGAAAGCGCUGCAGCAUCUUGUGUUCGGAAGGGGAGUUGGUCUACCCGAGUUUUUUAUUUUUACAGGAUCCAGCGUUGUUGGUUGUAGGUAGGGGGGGGGGUUGUGCACGGUGAAA